CGAGAUAGGCGGGUAGGUGGACAGACAGAUAAUAGAGACGCAGAGAAGCUGAAACUGUGACAGCCACAUGGAGGACCCAGCAGGCAGAGAGACCAGAACCUGGAGGUGGCCCACCAUGGGGUCCUGCAUCUUUUGGCUCCUGUGUGUUAUUGGGCUCAGCCAUGCAUCCACAGAGAAGAUUUAUAAUGGCACGGAGUGUGUUCCUCACUCGCAACCUUGGCAGGUGGGGCUGUUUGAAGGUGCCAACCUGCGCUGUGGGGGGGUCCUCGUUGACCGCAGGUGGGUCCUCACAGCUGCUCACUGCAGCGGCAGCAGGUACUGGGUGCGCCUAGGGGAGCACAGCCUCAGUCGCCUGGACUGGACAGAACAGAUCCGGCGCAGUGGCUUCUCCAUCACCUACCCCGACUACCAGGGAAGCCGGAGGAGUCACGAGCAUGACCUGCGGCUCCUGAGACUGGGCACCCCCGUCCUCCUGACCCGCAGCGUCCAGCCCCUGGCCCUUCCCACCAGCUGUGCAGCGCCUGGCACUCAGUGCCACAUCUCAGGCUGGGGCACCACCAACCGACCAUGGAACCCCUUCCCAGACCUGCUCCAAUGCCUCAAUAUCUCCAUCGUCUCCACUGCCGCCUGCCAAGCCGUGUACCCUGGGAGAAUCACGGACAACAUGGUGUGUGCGGGCGGCGUCCCGGGGGAGGAUGCCUGCCAGGGUGACUCUGGUGGCCCUCUGGUGUGCAAAGGAGUUCUUCAGGGUCUGGUGUCCUGGGGGUCCGUGGGGCCUUGCGGGCAAGGAGGCAUCCCGGGAGUCUACACCAAUAUCUGCAAAUAUGUGAACUGGAUCCAGAGGGUCAUACGGAACAACUGACCUGCUCUUCUACCUCCACCCCCAGCUUGGGGGCCAUUGGGACCCCCGGAGUUCCAGCCUCUCCUCCACUGUCAGCCCCAACUCUCACUUAUCUUGGUCUGAGGAUCUUCUUCCUGGAACUCCAACUCCAACCAGCCCUUCUAAGACUCGU